AUGAUCAGUGACCUUAAAACCACGCUGAAGGUAUUAGACGUUAGUAACAAUGAAUUUCACUUCAAAAUGAGGGGCAUGGGUCAUCGUUUUGGGUUCCUGAAACAUUUGACAAACUUGGAAGUUUUAAGUCUGGCAAACAAUGGCAUUGGGAUGCGAAUAGAUCGGAGGCUGAUUUGCAGCUCGUUGAAGUAUCUCUACUUCUAUGGAAAUCAACUUAACAUUAUGUGGGGUCCUGAAAAUGACAUAUACAAUCAUUUCUUUCAAAACCUUACACACCUCACCUACCUGGACAUCUCUCGCAAUGAUCUGAGGUCAGUCUCUCCAGAAGUGCUGUGUAACCUCCCAGGAAGCAUAGAGACCCUUAGCAUCAGCGGUAAUUCUCUGGAAUAUUUCCCUUGGCAAAACAUCUCGGCACUCACCAAUUUAUGUCACUUGAAUCUUAGUAAAAACUCCCUGAUGUAUUUGCCUCAUAAAGUCAUAGAAUUUGGAGCAAACUUUUCUCUCUUAGACCUCAGUCACAAUGACCUCAGUGAUAUUCCUGAGUAUUUCUUCAGUAUGGCAAAAUCCUUGCACUACUUGUAUCUCAGCCACAAUCAGAUCAAAGUGUUGAGCCACCAGUUUCUCACUGCCCCCUUUCAAAAUGGUAGUGCCCUCCAGAAACUCACCCUGCAUGCCAACCCCUUUAAAUGUGACUGUAAUACGUCUUGGUUUGCAGACUUCUUGCGUACGACUCUGGUACAGAUUCCACAUCUCACCACAUAUGUACUCUGUGAAUACCCAGAGUCCCAGCAGGGCAAGAGUGUACUCACUAUGGACCAGAAUUCCUGCCAGGACCUAUAUGGUCGCUUAGCCUUCUUUUUCUGUUCCUCCAUUGCUGUGGCGUUCACUGUGCUGCCCCUACUGAAGCAUCUCUAUGGCUGGGAUCUGUGGUAUUGCUUACAAGUACUCUGGGCGGGACAUAAAGGUUACUCUCAGCUCGCUGGUAGUGAUUCACAUUAUCACUACGACGCCUUUGUGGUGUUUGACACCCAGAACGGGGCUGUGAGGGAUUGGGUCUACAAUGAGUUAACUGUCAAUCUGGAGAACACAGGUCACAGGAGGUUUGGGCUCUGUCUGGAGGAGAGGGACUGGAUUCCUGGGCUUUCAUGCAUUGAAAAUCUACAUAAUGCUGUCCACUGCAGUGUGAAGACAGUGUUUGUGCUGUCCAGUGGUGUCACUGGUGGUGAAACAGUGAAUGGUGUGAUCCGCCAGGCUUUCUUCAUGGUCCAGCAGCGUCUUCUGGACGAGAAGGUGGAUGUAGCCACGCUGGUCCUGUUGGAUGAGACGUUUCCCAAACUGAAGUACCUUCAGCUGAGAAAACUGUUGUGCAAAAAGUCAGUGUUGUCCUGGCCGAGAAACCCAAGGUCUCAACCCCUUUUCUGGAACCGAAUGCGGAUGGCGUUGUCCUCAGAUAACCUCAAAUCCUAUGACAACAAUAUGAGUGAAAGUUUUAUAUGACUUCCUUUCAACUGCUAAUUGAGGGCACUUUAGUGAAAAAAACCCUCGUUGUGAUGAAUCUCUCCAUUGCAUAAUUGUUACCCUUUUUAACUGUGUUGCAUACGUAAUGAUACCAGGUUGAUGUUUUUAAUAUGUAACUAUAUGUAAUCUUUCGAUUAAAGGUCUGGUAUAUGGGAUUCAGAGCAUUAAUAAAGUGCAGACAUCUUUGUAAUGUAAUGAUAAAGUGGAAUUGUGGCUACUUGUGCAGAGAAUGAAGUCGCUCUCUUUGUGUGUUGUUAUCUGUGCUUUAUUUACAUAGCCGGGCGGCCGCAGGGCAUUUGAACACAUUUGCAUCUCUGUUGUGCUCCAGUGUCUGGCUGAUGGCCGACAAGCAGUUAGCACCGUUAGCGGCUGUUAGCCCUGUUAGCUGCUACCUGCCGGCUGAGCUUCACCAUGUGGAGGCAGUAGCUCUGAAUUCCGUAUCGAGUACCUUUUUAAAACGUAACCACUCUUCCAAGUGCUGUAAAUAUUUUACUUUUUAUGUUCUGUUUUACAUUACAACAUAAGAUGUUGAUUCUUUAUUGUCUUCAGAGAGCUCUGACUAUACAUGUUGCUAUUGUUGGCUGCAAAACAAGACACUGUACAUUGUAUUUCAUUUUGGAAUAUACAAAUAAACUUGACUUGAUUUC